AUGCACAUUUGCCUGUCUGAUCUACUGCACAUCGUAGUAGUGCUUGCUGCUAUGGAUGCUUCUGUAUAUGGAUCAUAUGGGUCACGUUUCUUAGGAGCAAGUUAUGGAUCAUCUGGAGGAAGAUCUUCUGUAGCAAGUUCUAAUGAUGGACUUGGUGGACUUAAAAAUCAACUCUCUUCCACGGAUCAAAAAAAUACUGAAGCAGCUAAACAAGCCAGCAAUCAAGCGAAAUCAACUAGCUCCUCUUCAAAUGUUGGAAAUAUUAAUAAAUACACGUCACCUUCGGACGCGUGCAAAACACGCGCACACAGCAGUCUGUCAUUUGGCGCCGCGUACGCCGAAAUUCCACCUGCGGCCAGCGAUAGAUUCUCACAGAACACGAGCUUUUUCCCAACUUGUUCAUGUGUUGGUUCUGCACCACCAAAGUCCGGACUAGAUGUUCAUUACCGGUAUUGCAUGGUCUGUGUUUUCCCAUUAGGCCUCAGUAGCCUGUGUGGUGGUUCUUCAUCUUUCUCAUUGGUUACUGCGCGCAUUCGGAAUAUUUGUCAGAUUGCUGUUAUCCUCGAUUUAUGA